GGGAGGGGCUGGAGCAUAAAAGGGCCGGAGUGGUGCUGCGCCAUUCGGACAGUCCGAGGAGGGAAGAAGAGCAAAGGACAGGAUCCUGGAAUUUCUUCUACGGAGAAGAUGACGCCCAGCCGACUUAUUCCACUGCUGGGAUUUCUAGUUUUCCUGGAGGGAGCCCUCUGCAUCCUUCCACCCCAAAAGCUGCAAGAGCUCUCUGACACUGGGAGCCAGUACAUUGACUCGGAGCUGGAAAAUGCCAUCAAUGGGGUCCGGCAGAUGAAGCAGUUGAUGGACCAGACCAGCGUUGACCACCGGCGGAUCCUGAGCAACCUGGAAGAGACCCAGAAGCAGAAGGAGGAGGCAUUGCUGCUGGCGAAGGAUGCGGAGAAGCAGCUGAACGAGAAGGAGGUGUGCAACGAGACCAUGCUGGCCCUUUGGGAGGAAUGCAAGCCCUGCCUCAAGCAGACCUGCAUGCGCUUCUACACGCGCACCUGCCACAGCGGCGCUGGGUUGGUCGGGCGACAGCUGGAGGACUUCCUGAACCACUCCUCUCCCUUCUCGGUCUGGGUGAAUGGGGAGCGCGUGGACUCCCUGCUGGAGGCCGGGGAGGAGCAGGGCCGGCGCCUGGAGGACCUGGAGGAGCGCUUCAGCCAGGUGGAGGGCGGCGUGGAUGACCUCUUCCAGGAGAGCUCCCAGGCCUACCACAAGCUGGCCCCCUUCUUUGCCGCCCCGUUUGGAGGCUUCUGGGAGUCCUGGGCCCCCCUGCGCGGCAUGCGCAUUCCCUCUCGCCUGGCCCGCAGCACGCAUCCUGCUCUCGCCGCUUCCCCCCUCUUCCCAGCCCCUCUGCUGCGGCCCCACCACGACUUCCGGCAGUUCUUCCAGCCCUUCUACGACAUGACCCAGCGCCUCUUCGAGGGGGCCCAGAAGGCCAUGGAGCGGGACGGGCAGUGGGUGGGACCCAGCAUGGCACCCUACCUGGGUGGCUUCCCUGCAGGUACUGCAAGUCCCGGCAAUGACCGCAUGGUGUGCCGCGAGAUCCGACGCAACUCUGCCGGCUGCCUGAAAAUGAAGGAACGCUGCGAGAAGUGCAAGGCCAUCUUGGAAGUGGAUUGCUCCCAGACAGACCCCGAGCAGAGCCAGCUGCGGGAGCGCUUUGAGGACGCCGUGCGCCUGGCGGAGCGCUUCACCCAGCGCUACGAGGGGCUCCUGAAGGCCUUCCAGGAGGAGAUGCUCAACACCACAGCCCUCCUAGACCGGCUCAACCAGCAAUUCGGAUGGGUCUCCCGCCUGGCCAACGCCACCCGCCACCAGGACAAGCCCCUCAAGGUCAUCACGGUGAUCUCCAAACCUGCCACACCGGAGGGCCCUUCUGAACUGGCUGACACUCAGGUGACCCUCCAGGUGUUUGACUCGGAGCCUCAGACCGUGAGCGUCCCUGGAGACGUGCCUCUGGAAGACCCUCGCUUCAUGGAGCUGGUGGCCGGGGAGGCCCUGCGUGGGUUCAAGGACAACGAAGUGGAGUAGCUGCUGUUCCUGGACCACAACGAGGAGAGACCGAGAAGCCAUAAGAACACCUCUGGCCGUUCCGACCUUCUUGCCUCGAAGCUCUCGUCGUAGCCCCGUGCUGGAGCCUUGCCCCCAAAAGCCCCGUUUCCCUGCAUUUUGUAGUUUACACACUGAACCUACACCGCCUGCCCUAUUUUUGCUGCUGGGUCUUUACAGAUCCAAAAUUUGAAAUAAAAUACUCUAGGCCCAA